GGGAUCGCAGGUGGCGGGUCCUCACCCGGGAGCAUCGCGAGCCAGCCCCUUCGCACUGCGCGAGCCUGAGCUGCGCGGGCUCGGAAGGAGGGCCGCGCGGGACGGAUCUUCCCCUCCCCCGGGAGGAGGUGGGAGGCGAAGGGCUGCGCUCCGUCCCGGGGCAGGAGGGGCGCAGGCCCAGGCCCCCAGCGUCGACCCAGGCGUUGGCGCCGCUGUGGCUCUUGUCUGUCUCCCUGGCAGUGGACGCAGUGCACCUCCUGGUGAUGGGUCCGUCCUCGCCCUCCAGGGAUCCUCCCCGCUCCCCCAUCCCUUCCGUUCUCUUCGCUCCCCCAGGGUCAGGGAAGGAGCUGAGGGUUGGGUCCCCUCCCCACCCAGCCAGUGACCCUGCGCUCCGGGGAGCGUCCCUGCGGUGGGAACCCCGCUCCAAGUUUUUCCAGGCCCGGCCGAGUUGCGUUCGGAAAGAGCCUGGGGAGGAUGUAGAUGGGACCGGAGCGGGUAGUGCCUGCAACCCGCACAGUUCAGGAUGCAAAUGGCCUUGCUCGGACUGGGAACGCCCCGGCAAGACUGCAAGCCCGGGUCGAGCAGUCCCUAAGCAGCGCGCCCGCGGGACGCAGAGGCUCGCGGACAACUAAUCUCGCGCAUAGGGGUGGGGUGGGUCGGGGCAGGGUCGGGACACUACCCUCCCUUGGAUCCGCUCGCGACCCUCCAGCGCCCCUUCGGUCGCAGCCCUCCCUGCCCGUGCCCCUCCCUCAGGCCUUCUCCUGCCCCGGGCCCCGCCCCCAAAGUCCCCACCGGCCCAGGCCGACUUCUUCAGGCUCCUCCUCGUCCCUCCCAGACACAGCCGCUCUGGGAACUGAAGGCAGCCCUCUCCUUCUUUGCACUCCUUGCCGGCUCCUGCUCCCCGAGGCCUCUCCAGCCUAGCUCUUUGAAGCCCCGCCCAAGGAGAUGGCAGGGACCUAACCUGCAUACAUCCUCCGGCUCCGCCCAGCCAGCCCAUGGGCUCCGUGAGGUCAGCCCUGCUGCCGACUGCGGUGCGCUUCCCGGCUCGGCGGCCCUGACCUCCGCGCCCCUCCUCCUCGUUGCCCACAGGGACACGCCGCGGCCGCGAUGGCGGCGGACGUCGAGGGGGACGUGUACGUGCUGGUGGAGCACCCCUUCGAGUACACGGGCAAGGACGGGCGCCGCUUUGCCAUCCAGCCCAACGAGCGCUACCGACUGCUGCGCCGCAGCACGGAGCACUGGUGGCACGUGCGCAGUGAGCCCGGCGGCCGCCCCUUCUACCUGCCGGCGCAGUACGUGCGCGAGCUGCCGGCCCUCGGCCACCCUGCCCCCGCCCCGCAGCCGCCCGCGCGCCUUCCGGGUCCCGCAGACCCCGAACCGCUCGCCUAUGACUACUGCUUCGUGGGAGCGUCGGCGCCCGCCGGUCCCGAAGGUGCGCCCGCCGAGCCCCGGGGCCGCGCGGGCUCCAUGUGCGGCCUAGCUCGGCGCGGCGCAGCAACCCAUCGCCGAAGCCUGGCGCCCUGCCUGCCCGCCUGCGUGUACACGAGGCCCAUGGCACCUGUGCGGCCCGCGCAGUCUUUGGACGACCUGGCCCGCACCGCCGCGCCCCCUGCCGGUCUCCUCGGGAGCGGGGCCAGCUUCAAGGCCUGCAGCGUGGCGGGCUCUUGGUUGUGCCCGCGGCCCCUGGCGCGCAGCAACUCCGAAAACGUCUACGAGGCCAUCCAGGACGUGCGCGGCCAGCCGCUGGAGCAGCACCCGAAGCAGGUGGAUGACCUCCCAGAGCCCGUGUACGCAAACAUAGAGAGGCAGCCUCGGGCCACGUCGCCUGGCGCCGCCGCAGCCCACCGCCCCGGCUCGGUGUGGGAGACGCACACGGACGCGGGCACCGGGCGCCCCUACUACUACAACCCGGACACGGGCGUGACCACCUGGGAGUCGCCCUUCGAGGCUGCCGAGGGCGCCGCCAGCCCGGCCACGUCUCCGGCUUCGGUGGGCAGCCACGAGAGCCUCGAGACCGAGUGGGGCCAGUACUGGGAUGAGGAGAGCCGCAGGGUGUUCUUCUACAACCCGCUGACGGGCGAGACGGCCUGGGAGGACGAGUCCGAGGACCAGCCAGAGGACGAGCAGGAGAUGCAGCCUGGCCUGAGCCCCGGCAGCCCCAGGGACCAGAGGCCCCCAACCCCUGAGACGGACUACCCCGAGUUGCUGGCCAGUUACCCAGAGGAAGACUAUUCCCCCGUGGGCUCCUUCGGUGAGCCCGGCCCCGCCUCUCCCUUGGUCACACCCCCAGGCUGGUCUUGCCACGUGAGCCAGGAUGGGCAGACGCUGUACACUAACAACUUCACCCAAGAACAGUGGAUGAGGUUGGAGGACCAACACGGGAAGCCUUACUUCUACAAUCCAGAUGACGCCUCCGUUCAGUGGGAGCUGCCCCAGAUCCCUGUCCCUGCCCCUCGAAGCAUCCUCAAAUCCAGCCAGGACAGUGAGACCCCAGCCCAGGCCAGCCCACCUGAGGAGAAGAUCAAGACUCUGGACAAGGCAGGUGUGCUCCAUCGAACCAAGACGGUGGACAAAGGAAAGCGGCUCCGGAAGAAGAACUGGAGUGCCUCCUGGACAGUGUUGGAGGGCGGCAUCCUGACAUUCUUCAAGGACUCGAAGACCUCGACUGCAGGUGGCCUGAGGCAGCCUUCCAAGCUCUCCACACCUGAGUACACAGUGGAGCUGAAGGGGGCCUCUCUCGCCUGGGCCCCCAAAGACAAAUCCAGCAAGAAGAAUGUGCUGGAGCUGCGGAGCCGAGAUGGCUCAGAGUACCUGAUCCAGCAUGACUCGGAGGCCAUUAUGAGCACCUGGCACAAGGCCAUCGCCCAGGGCAUCCAGGAGCUGUCCGCAGACCUGCCCCCCGAGGAGGAAAGUGAGAGCAGCAGCGUGGACUUUGGGUCGAGUGAGCGCCUAGGAAGCUGGCGGGAGGAUGAGGCACGGCCUGGUGCAGCCGUGCCCACCCCGGGGCCCGGAGGUCUGGAGAGCGACCUGAGCAAGGUCCGGCACAAGCUCCGCAAGUUCCUGCUGAGGCGGCCCACGCUGCAGUCGCUGCGGGAGAAGGGCUACAUCAGAGACCAGGUGUUCGGCUGCGCGUUGGCCGUGCUGUGUGAGCGCGAGAGGAGCCCGGUGCCGCGCUUUGUGCAGCAGUGCAUCCGCGCCGUCGAGGCCCGGGGGCUGGACAUCGACGGUCUAUACCGCAUCAGUGGAAACCUAGCCACCAUCCAGAAGCUGCGCUACAAGGUGGACCACGAUGAACGUCUGGACCUGGACGACGGACGCUGGGAGGACGUCCACGUAAUCACCGGCGCCCUGAAGCUCUUCUUUCGAGAGCUGCCCGAGCCCCUCUUCCCCUUCUCGCACUUCCCCCAGUUCAUCGCGGCCAUCAAGCUGCAGGACCAGGCCCAGCGCAGCCGCUGUGUUCGGAACCUGGUGCGCUCGCUGCCCGCCCCCAACCACGACACGCUGCGGCUGCUCUUCCAGCACCUGUGCAGGGUGAUCGAGCACGGAGAACAGAACCGCAUGUCCGUGCAGAGCGUGGCCAUAGUGUUCGGGCCCACGCUGCUGCGGCCCGAGACAGAGGAAACCAGCAUGCCCAUGACCAUGGUGUUCCAGAACCAGGUGGUGGAGCUCAUCCUGCAGCAGUGCUCAGACAUCUUCCCGCCGCACUGACCGCGGGCCCGCACCCCUAUCCCCAAUGCUGGCGCUGCGGACCUGGGAGUGGGGGCGGCGACAGUGGUCCUGCACAGAAGCGGGGCG